CGCAACUAGUCACAACCAAAGUGAACGGUACUUACGCGAUAUACAUAUACAUUAUAGAUACAUAUACAGAUGUAUAUUCGAGCAACCGACCGAGCGUCAGUCGAUACGUGUUGGCGUUUAACGAAGUAAAGAAAAAUAGAAACAAUAAAAAAUUAUAAUAAAAAGCAACAACAAAAAAAAAAGAAAAAAAAUUUAUUAAAAGUAUUUAUUAAUAAUACCGUGAAACGAACAAGAAAUCGAAAGCGCGCGAAUUUAAAUAUGUACAUACAUACACACACGCACCAGAUGCUUUGAGAGCUAUGGAAAUAUUUCGAAUUCAGCAGCUAAGAGACCAUUAGCAUUUGUGCUGACGGGUGACAGUUCACAUUCGUCGUCGGUAAAUGGCUGUUAUACUGAAGAACGGCAAAGAGAAAUAGCAGCCGACAAGCUUUAGCGAGUGUAAAAUCCAGUUAGUUGGAUUUGAAAAAUAAAUUAAAACAUUUAUAGGUAAAAAACAGGUUGCACGCUUAUUGAAAAUUCACAUAAAACCCAAUAGUAGUGCGCGACCAGCUGAAACAAAACGACGUGAAAAACGACAUUCCAAACGAAAGGGGAAAUAUUGCAGCAAAAAAAAAAAACAAAAAAAAAAAGUAGUAAAACGUGAAAAUUGGAAAAAAUGCUAACCCGACGCGCUUUGUUCUACGCCACGCUGACCUGCGCGCUGGCGUUAAUCACUACCGCUUAUGCCGCGCCAUUAAACGAACCAACAGCAUCAACAACAACACCCGAAGGAUUAGCUGCCACUCUGGAGAUUAGCAAACUUGACGCUGACCUUUCCAACAGCAUACCAAAUGGCUUCGCCUCAGCCGAUGGUGCAACCCUUCAGCCAUACGCGAGCACUGAAGUCGAUACCGUAGCCGAGCUGGCGCCCACCUCGUUGCCGAUGACGAAGGAGGAAAUGGCGCUGGCUGAGGUGGCAGCGGUAGUAGCAGAGUUGGCGACAACAACGGCUGCCGAAUUGAAGGUCAAAGAGGAGGGAAAAUACGCCGAAGAUGAGUUGGAGGCAAUGCAACGGAUAUGGCGAAAUGCGGAAGAGGCAAAACGACAAGUAAUCGCGCAUGAAAUCGCCAAUGCCGUUGACACACUCGAAGGCGGUAGGCUGAGUGAUGAAAAGGAUUUUGUUACUGUAGAGACAGUGGAUACAACAACAACAAUGACUCCAACAGCUACAACCGAAAGUCCGCAAAUCUUAAAUGAAUUGGUGAGAGCGGCAGCUGCGGCGAAUGAAAUUUUGGCAGCGGCUUUAAAUGCUGCAAAUCUGGCAGCAACAAGCACAAACAUGACCAAUGCGACAGCUGUUGUGGCUAAUGAAAAUACAAUAGCAACAACUGUACAACCAGUGCGGGCAAUCAAUACUGAAGCUGGUUCUGUUGAUGGACCUGCUGCUGCUACUGCGAGAGUGAGUGACAAUGAAGGGUUGUCGGAAGCGGUUGACGCCGUCACCUGGCGGCCUAACGUCAGCAAGGCAAAAGCAACAAAUGUAGGCAUUGAAGUAAAUGGUGAAAAAACUAUAGCUACUGCAACAACUGCAGCAACAACAGUGGAACGAGUUAGUACAGACACAACUGGCGAUUUGAAUGUCUCGUUUGGGGCUGGCGGCGCUCAGGAAAAAUCGCCUGAAAUUAAGGCAUCAACACAACUUGAUGUUCAAGAAAAACCAACAACAACAACAACAGCAACAACAACAACAACAAUUGCGUCAAUCACGAACUCAGCAGCUGAAGUUGUUAAUGAGCAACCCAAUGUGGAACCAAUUCUAUGGAGAGCUGGGGAUUUCUUACUGGAACACAACCACAGCGCGUUGAAUAAAGAGGAAACGCCAACCGAAUUAAUGGAAGUGACAAGUGAGGUGGCAGAAUCGACAGAACAUACGAAAACCAAAGAAUUCGAGAGCGCAGAGAGAGCGAAGGAGAGCUUAGAAACAACGCCAAUAAGUGGCGAUAUCUCUCCACAAUCAAUAGAACUGCCUAAAGAUUUUGAAGCAUCAACACCGCACCCAAACAAUGGUGCCGAUGGUGCAGUAGUACGUACGCAAACAAAUAUUGUAGAAACCGCAAAUCAAGUAGCGCCUCAAGCCACAGAUACGGAUAAAGAAUUUUCUGAAACCCAAAUCGCUGAAGUUGUAGAAGUAAAGCAGGCGCAAAUAGCUCAAGAUGACAGCGAAGUAAAUGAGACCACAACUUCCAGCUUGAGCGAAAUUCCCACCUUAAUUCCCCCCACUACGGAGCCGCUGGAGACGCUGAUUGCUGUUGAAAGUGAAGCACAGGAGCCAAAUACAAUUAUUUCGACAGCUUGGAAUGAGCUCGAGAAAACGGCGACAACUACAACACCAGAAGUAGCCACAGUUGCAGAAAAUGUUGCGCCACUACAGCCAACAUAUUCGGAGUUAAAUCAUCAGCAGGUAAUUACAACAAUAACUCCAGACGAAAAAGAAGCUGCAACUGAGUCUGCAUAUGAAAUACACUCGGAUAUAAGCCUUACAACAAACACAACACCUGCAGCAGCACAACACGAAAAUUCAUUUACUACUGGAAACAGUGCUGACCAAGCGGAGUCCACCACAACAUCGCUGGCAUCCAAUCAACAUACAACCACGCCGAUUAACGCCCAGACAGAGUUGCCAAAGAUAAGCGAGGCCGCAGCCACGGAUGCUCUACCGAUCACAACAGAACAUUCAGUGGCGGCAGCAUUAGAAAUCUCACUCGACACACGACAACUACCAACAACAACGCUCUCCGCUGCACUACAACAUGCGGAUACCACACAGUUUUCGAGUGGGACUGAGGAAACAACAACUCCAGCAGAGGCAACAACUAUUCCAAGCGAAGUAUUGCAAGCAACGUCGGCAGCGUCACAUCAAAUUACAGAAAGCACCGCAGAACGCAUCCAAGCAACUACAUACCUGAUAGAAUCUAAAGACAGCUCCACUGAUGUGCCCUUGGCGCCGUUUACCACAACGCCAGCAACGAUAGAAGAACUUCCGGAACCAGAAGUGACUACAAGACAACAUGAACUAGAAGCGUAUGCGGUUGUUGUUGGAAGCACAGAAAUUCCACAGUCAGCUGCGGUGCCUUCGCUUGAAAUAACAAACACAGCAGAUACGUUGACAGCGACCUUGAGUAGUGGCAGCGCUGGUGUUAGUACAACAGAAACAGCAACUACGCUUACCGCUAUUGAGUCAGCAGUACCAGACAUGACAACACCAGCAGCUGAGAGCGGAGAGCUGCAAACAGAAACGGUAGAACAAGCAGUAGAAGUUAAAACAGUAGAAGCUCUGGUAGAGACAGUAGCAGAUCCAGUUACAACAAACUCUGCUUUAGUCGAGGAGCAGCCGCUGCACAUACGCACAACGACUGAGCCUCAGCAGCAAGCUUAUAGCGGUAGUGACGGUGAGAGUGAGAGUGAGAGUAUAGCAACGCCAACAACAGCAGGAAAAACGGAGGAAGUCGAAAGUGAAACGGUUACUACAACAAACAUGCCAAAUCAAGUAGAUAUUACAACAGCAACAACAACAUCAACAACAACAACAACCAGUACACCUGAACCUGAAAUAAUAACAAUCACAACAACUUCUCCGCCAGAAACCACUACAAUAACAACAACAACAACAACCAGUGCACCUGAACCUGAAUUAAUAACAACCACUACAACAACAUCUCAGCCAGAAACAACAACUACAACUACAACUACAACCACAACCUUGUCGCCAAUGAGUCUAAUUGUCGCCGAACAUGAAGCGCGUUCCCUCGAUAGAACGCCACCACGUGUCAGUCGCAUUGUCAGCGAAGAUGGCGUCGAGGUGUUGACGGGCUACUCGAUAGUCCACCACAUCUAUGCAGCAGCCUUGGCGGCAUUUGAGGCGGGUGGAGCGUAGAUCGAAGAUUUGGAAAUACGUGUAGAUAGAAAAUAAGUUUAUGGUUUUAUUUAUGGCUUUCGAAAAUAACCCUAACGCAGAAUACAAAUUCACACACACACGCACACACACACACAAGCUAGGAAAAAGCUACAUUUAAACGAACAUUAACUAAACUACAGCUACAUAUAAACAUAUGAGUACAUAGUAAAAGAAACCUGCGGUGCUACAUUUUUUUAAAUAUACAAAUAUUUACACACGCACACAUGCAUAUA